GUUCAGAGAAGGCAGAGUUGAGGGAGGGGAGAUGAGAGGGGCAUGUACGUCCUUUCUCCCCCUGCUCUGCCUUCGCUCUGCCCUCCCCUCAGCUCUAGCUUCGGAAAGCUUCGGAGAGCUGAGGGGAGGAGUAGAAGCAAUUUUGCACGGGGGGCGCAAGUUUUCACCUCACGCCGGCUCUGCUCUGCACGCCUGUUCUCCGCGUUAGCCGGCCGGCCUCGCUUCCCAUAGAGACUAUGGUGGCCAAGCAGAGGAUCCGGAUGGCGAACGAUAAACAUAGCAAGAACAUCACACAGAGAGGAAACGUGGCCAAGACCCUGAGACCACAAGAAGAGAAAUAUCCUGUAGGACCUUGGCUACUGGCACUGUUUGUUUUUGUUGUCUGUGGAUCAGCAAUUUUUCAAAUCAUCCAGAGCAUCAGGAUGGGAAUGUGACAGAAGAAGAGAAGAAGUCGGGAGUCUGGACAUUUGCCUUAUGUUAGCGAUCAUAGCGGACAAAGCCACAGCUGUGAGUGGGAGGACGUCUUGAGAACCCAUGAAUUAUUUGUGCCUACAGAGUUUACCUUGAAGAAGAAAAAAAAUCAGAGAAUCCUUAAUGUUGAUGAGUUGGCUCUUCUGAAAACGCUCCAAGGAAGGACUUAUUUAUUUUCUAAACAUGUGUCAGCUGAUGCAUAUUAAUUGACUGUUGCUAUUUUAGUUAUUUAUUGAUUUUAUUUGAUUAUUUAUUGAUUUAUUUUUUAUUUGUUUCAUAAAUAUGAAUAAGAAGGUUUGUGGCUAGUUUGUUAAAGUAACACAUUAUUGUAUGCCCACGCAAUGUGGCCAAAAAACAUACAGUUCUUUGGAAAUGCUGCCUUUCAGAAACAAAAUGGCAGCAUGUCCUGUUCCUUCCUUUAAGGGAGGAAGAAUUGGUCAUGUGGUUUUGCAUAGAAGCAGCUCUAGGAAGUAUAUCUUUGUACUGCAACUUGCACUGUAAAACUGCAGUAAAACCUCAUGUAUUUAGGACAUACUCUAUGUGAUUUAGGUAUUGGAAUUUGAUUAAAGAACAUUUUGUUGA